AUGUCUGCGAUCGCUAGAACUCUCCGUCCCGCGCUGCGGCGGAGUUUGACUGUUAUGACCAGAGCCUCUGCAUCCUCCUCUCCAAGAGUACAGAACACUGUCAGAACAUUCAAUGCCCCUCAACAACUACGAUGCCUCUCGUCCACGCCUCGCAGGCUCAUGGACAUCUCCGACAUCCCGCCCACGCCCAUUAUGCAUCUUUCCGAAACAGAGGCAGCCAUGCAAGAGGCGGUACAAAAGUUCGCAAAUGAUGUGAUAUUGCCCAAAGUCCGUGACAUGGACGAGGCAGAGGCCAUGGACCCGACGUUGGUAGAACAGCUCUUUGAGCAGGGUAUCAUGGGUGUAGAAAUCCCCGAAGAGUAUGGCGGAGCUGGCAUGAACUUUACGUCGGCCAUUGUUGGUAUCGAGGAAUUGGCCAGAGUGGACCCGUCCGUCUCCGUCAUGGUUGAUGUUCACAACACCCUGGUAAACACGGCAAUCAUCCGAUGGGGCAGCACCGACAUCAAGAAGAGAUUCUUGCCAAAGCUCGCCACCAACACUGUUGGAUCAUUCUGUCUGUCCGAGCCCGUCUCGGGUUCCGACGCCUUUGCCCUUGCCACAAAGGCAGUCAAGACUGCUGAUGGCUACAAGAUUAGCGGUAGCAAGAUGUGGAUCACAAACAGCAUGGAGGCCGACUUCUUCAUCGUCUUUGCCAACCUUGACCCCAGCAAGGGCUACAAGGGAAUCAGCGCCUUUAUCGUCGAGAAGGACGCCAAGGGCUUCAGCAUUGCCAAGAAGGAGAAGAAGCUCGGCAUCAAGGCCAGCAGCACAUGUGUCAUCAACUUUGACGACGUGGAGAUCCCUCACGACAAUUUGCUUGGAAAGGAGGGCGAAGGUUACAAGUAUGCCAUUGGAAUUUUGAACGAGGGCAGAAUCGGCAUUGCCGCUCAGAUGACCGGUCUCGCUCUCGGCGCCUUUGAAAACGCGGUCAAGUACGUCUGGAACGACCGAAAGCAAUUCGGUCAGCUAGUUGGUGAGUUCCAGGGCAUGCAACACCAGAUUGCCCAGUGCUACGUGGAGAUUGCGGCCGCUAGAGCGCUGGUCUACAAUGCCGCCAGGAAGAAGGAGGCUGGACAGGACUUUGUCAAGGACGCUGCCAUGGCCAAGCUUUAUGCAUCGCAAGUUGCAGGCAAGGUGUCCGGCCUGGCCAUUGAGUGGAUGGGCGGCAUGGGCUUCGUGAGAGAGGGAUUGGCCGAGAAGUUCUGGAGAGACAGCAAGAUUGGUGCCAUCUACGAGGGAACAAGCAACAUUCAGCUCAACACGAUUGCCAAGUUGUUGCAGAAGGAGUACACUUCAUAG